AUGUCUUCUCGCUGGAGUAGGUCGAAUGGUGGUUUCCUUACCCGAGCUGUGUAUAAGUUUCGCCGAAAUGAGUCUCCGUUAAUUGGCACUUCGGACUUUUCAGGUGUAUCAAGUAGAUAUCGCUUUCGUAAGAGGGGAUACAAAUCUCCCACAUCAUCGCGUUAUCCGAGCAGGACCCCUGGAGGGGUCUUUGUUAGUAAUCAAGUCGGCUCUACUGAAAUCAGUACUGAAGAUUGUUUGGAAUCUACAUCACUUCAUCAACAAUAUGCUACCUUCACCGGGUCCGUACUGCUGUCAGAUUCGUCACGUCAUAAUAGAAAAUAUAUUUUCAGUACUCAUCUCCCACCUUUCAGAUCUAAGUAUAAAAUACACUACAAAAGGCCAACCAUAAUGCAAAAAGCGCGAUGUAACAGUUCUUCGGUUAAAAGUAAACAAAGUCACAAAGCGUUUCGGCAAAGGUUGGGAAAAUCGGUUGUCAGGACUAUUUCUCCCUAUAAACUGAGGGUAAAAAAGGCUAUAGCGAUGUUGCGCUAUGAAAAACCGAUUUGUUCAUAUUACGUGAAAACCGGUCGUUGCCGAAACGAGAAAAACUGCUGCUUCUCACAUGAUCCUGAUUAUCUCCGACUUUGUCCAAAAUUCCUUCAACACUCGUGUUUACUUGGUGAGCAAAAAUGUCCUUUAGCUCAUGUUCUUGAUCCCUGUCGACUACCACAAUGUGAAUUCUUCGCUACCGGAAAAUGUCACCGCGAUGACUGUCCUUUUCUUCAUGUAACAUAUCCUGAAAAUACUCCUAUGUGUCCUAAAUUUAUUCGUGGUCGAUGUGAACAGGGAAGGGAGUGUACAAAGCGCCAUGUAUGGAGAUCACAAAAGAGAUCCGAGCAGCUUGCAACGCAGAACACAUCUUCUUCGAAUGUUCCUAAAGCAAAUGACGCCCCUGUUGCGAGGGCUCGUCGAGUGGAAUCUCUUAGAGAUGUUUAUCCCGUACCUGACUUUAUCCCCUUUAUUCUUGAUGACUAA